AUGAUCAGUUGGAGUAUUUGGACAACUCGAAAUGAGUUGAUUUGGCAGAAUAAAAGUAGAAAUGCUAAGGAAGUAGUGAAGUCGGCUAGGCUAGUCCUUGAUCAAUGGAAAGUUGUUAAUUUCGAGUCACCCAAUGCUUAUUUUGCUACGGGUGCUGCUCUUGGAAACAAAUUGUGGCGAAAACCAGAUCAAUCAACAAUCAAGGUAAAUGUCGAUGGAGCUAUUUUCGAAGAUCAGCAGAAGUUUGGCUUCGGGUACAUUGCUAGGGACUGUUUUGGUGCUCUUAUUGAAGCUGUUUCAGGAAGUAGGACAGGCUAUGUUCUCCCUGAGAUUGCCGAGAUAAUUGGUAUCAAGGAGGCGCUAAGCUGGAUUAAGAACAAAGGAUGGGGUAAGGUGGUCGUUGAAUCAGAUUCUUUAGUUGCUGUCCAAGCUAUCCAAAGCUCUAUUCAUAUGCCAUCUCAAUUUGGUUUAUUGGUGGAGGAUUGUCGUUUAAUUUUGAAUUCUUUAAAUAAUGUUCAAGUUUCUUUUGUUAAUCGUUCUGCAAAUAAGGCUGCCCAUAGUAUUGCUAGGGGGUCUUGUUCUUCGUCAGAUCGAAUUUAUUUGGAGUCUACUGCUCCCUCUUCUUUGCGUAAUAUUGUAAUUGCGGAUGCUAUUUGA